AUGACUGUGGUUUAUGCCCUGAAUCAAAGAAAUGGAAGAAAAGUAUUAUGGCAGGAACUUCAAGGCUUCAAGCUAUCAGUUGAUUGCCCAUGGCUAGUUGGGGGAGAUUUUAAUGCCAUUACCAAUGGUGAUGAAAAAUUGGGAGGUGCACCAACUACAGGAGCAGAUACUGAUGAUUUUCAACACUUCAUUUCUUCUAAUCAACUGGAAGCUGAUACUAGAGUUUGGAGUAGAUUAGACAGAGUUUUGGUCAAUGACUUAUGGAUCUUACAGUAUACAACAAGUCAAGUAGACUUUUUACAGCCAGUUUGUUCUGAUCAUUCUCCAGCCCUCCUUACAGUUGGAGAUGAUGAUUUUCAGGUGAAAAAGCCAUUCAAAUUUUUCAAGAUGUGGACUAAACACAUUGAAUAUCUCUCUAUAGUCAAAUCUAUUUGGCAGCAGGAUGUGCAAGGCUAUUAUAUGUACAAACUAUCUUCCAAGCUGAAAAUGCUCAAACCUGCCCUCAAAGAAUUAAAUAGAAGACAUUUCAUGAAUAUUAGUGAGCAGGUGUUAAGAGCCAAACAGGAGCUAUCUGAUAUCCAAAAUAGGAUGAGUACUGACUAA